CUCUCGGCGAUGGCUAUUUUUUUCUGGUUAACUUCUUGCUGGCCUUGGAAUUAGUAGUAGAAGUCUGUGUACCACUGAUAACGUUGAAGGACAAUAUUUUCAACGGCUGUAAAACGAAACGAGGGCUGACCAAUGGAAGCUAUGGAACGCUUUACUUGGAACAUUCUUUGACGAGAGAUGCAGUGCUGCUGGAGAACAGGCGCUGUGAGUGGAUCGUUCUGCAUAACUGGACAGUCAGCCAUAUCUUUGGUAAGCCCAUGUACGAGAUCUUUCUCGAGAAAAGAUUUCACCUCCUGCGGCCUCUGCCACCUCCGGAGAAGAAUUUCAUGAUGCCUCUCGGGUGGGACCACGUGCUGGCCAUUGAUCACAUCGAGGUCACGGUGCCGCGAGUUGUUCUGUACUGGGAGGAUGACCGUGCUACCAUGGUCAGCCGCAUGAUGUGCGCCGUCAACGAACACUUUCCGCCGGUAACGCAGGAAAUGCUGGCCAAAGUCGGGACCAUUUACGCUCGCUGGGUGCGGGACCUGGUCUAUCCGACGGAAUGGGAAACCAUUCGCACUUAUCUUGCAUUGUUCAGUGGCUUUUACGCAGACGGCACACCGCGAUCAUGGAGGGACGUUGAUCUGCGACUGCUGGAUCCUGGCGAACUGAGCAAAUUGGCGCUAUACGGAAUCCACGAGGUGUUCCAGGUUGACUACUUGGUCAGCAUGCGGUGCCGCAGGAAGCAUUGGCGUGACACUGCACCGCAUCCGGCUUGAUGGUUCUCCUGUUCGCCAGCUGCCCAAAAGACGUUUCUGCAGCUAGCUAAGAAUUUAAAUGUGGCAUAAUCGGUUGGCUAUGGCAGUGUUAUGGGCCAAGACGUCUUUGGAAACUGUGGAUCUACUUCAGUAAUGACCUCACUUUUACAAUUUUAUUAGCAAUUUCUUUUGCCGUCUUUGUUUAGCGAUGAAACAAGCAAGUUCGCGUUAUUAAACGCUCUUCCAUCCUCAGAAAUUAGAUAUAAUGUACG